AUGAGCCCCGGGAGACAAAGAGGAACGGUGAAUGCCAAUUCAAGAAGUGUGCCUGCGAUGAUGAAACUGAUUGUGCAGGAGCUACAGAAUGAUGUUGGCUCAGACAUCAUCAGGGCUGUCUAUCAGCCACUGCAUCCUUCUCUACGGAAGGAAGAGAAGCAGCACUUAGAGAGUCUGAAAAAGCAAGGAAAAUCCGUGUUUAAGCAACUCCAGAAAAUUCGAGCGGAAAUGGUGGAAAAGAGGAUACAGCUAAGACUGAUGUAUGAGGAGCUGUUGGAAACGUGCCAUAAAUCAGAUGUGGAGCUGCUCCUGGAAUUGGGAAACAAACUGCCAAGGAUCGAGUUGGUGCAGCUGCACAUGCCUCAGCGUCCUCAGCCAAAACUCAGUGCCCGACCCGUCACUGGACUGAUGGACAGGCUCAACCGCUUCCGGGUGGAAAUUUCCUUCCAUAAUGAAGUAACCAAUCACAACAUCAGGCUGUUUGAUGAUGUGAGAAGUGUGCGGUACAUCCAUGACAGUCGAUAUGUGUCUUUGAAUCCUGGAACAUCUAACUAUUUUGCUAGCUGGGGAACCCAGGACUUCACCUCCGGCAAGCACUACUGGGAGGUGAUUGUGGACAGAUCUUGGGACUGGGCUGUAGGUGUCUGUAGGGAUUCCUGGAUAAGGAAGACCGGCACACUGGUUGAAUCUAAGGACACAUUCCUUCUGGUAUGUGUGAAGGAGGAUGAUCGUUACAGUCUCUGGACCACCGCCCCCAUAAGUCCUCAGUUCAUAGCGAAACCUGUGGGCCGCGUUGGUGUGUUCCUUGAUUUGGACAGUAGGAGCAUGAGCUUUGUGGAUGUUGCCAGGCGCUCCAUCAUUUGGAGGUACCCAGAUGGCGUGUUCACUUUCCCUGUGAGGCCUUUCUUUUACACUGGCCACACAUGAUGAGGGCUGAGUCAGCAACCUGACUGUGUGCCUGUGUGCCCAGGAAAUCCGUAUGAUGCUUGAUUGUCUUUUCUGCUCUUUCUACUUGAUUGUAACCUCCUUCUGUUAUUCAAUAUGAAGAUAGUGUGAAAUACAAAAUGUUGUUGGCUCCAUUUUCUUGACAUUAAAAUCUUGUCUUGUGGUUCA